AGAUACGCAGGUACGAGUCGUUACAGUUUUGUCGUUGCAACGAUUCCCGCUGCGUAAUUUGAUAAUGAACAGUUGAAAAAUAGCAGCGUUGUGUCCGUACUCUUUAAUAUCCCAUUAUAUGGAAGUUAACGACCGGAAAAUACACCGCUCGACUACUUGAAGGAAGUAGCUCAUGAGCAAGUCUUUUGUAUCCUCGCAAUGGUAUAAUUCCUGUAACGUCUCGUUCUCGGAGGAUUUAUUUCGUUGAUUUGUACUUGUUUAUUGCUUUUGUGUUUUCAUGAAUGGAGCAUGUCGCAUGCGAAUCGUAAUAUGGUUUUAAUGGCGUUUCGACUUCAAUGAUAUCAGCGGCUGAUUGCGCUUCCCGUAAGAAGCUUCCAAUCAUUAUGUAUUUUAGGAACAACAAAUAAGGAUAUUUAGAGAACGAAUUAAUUAUUCAAUUGUUCGCGCAAGAAAUACCUGUCUCUUUUUCGAAAGUUAUAAGUGCUGUUUUCAAAGAGUUCCUUAGCUCACCAUAAACCAGAUAAGAAUCUUUGGUUCCGUCUAGAAAAAGAAACCUUCAGAUCAAACCGAAAGGGGUUCGGAUUAUAUUUUCUAAUCGUAUUUGUAUAUUUCUUUUUACGGUCAGCUUGUCAUCCACGUACAAUCGAACAGAGAGUCCAUUAAUUAUUUCCCUUCGACUUGUUUCAGGGGGAGCAUCUCGGAAGCCAUGCCGGCUGACGAGUUCGCUGGAAAUCGAAACAGAAGCAAACCAAGACUGCAACCACCUUAACGAACCGCUAUUAUCACUGGCAAGGUCAUCGGGCAGACCGGAUCUAAUCAUGCUCACGCCGACCAUGCUUCCUGUGCACUCGUUCCUCUUUCUUAACGACGUCAACCAGAAGAUCGGGCGCUAAAAAAUUCGAAAUCGAGUUGAUUGAAAAUCUCAAGGAAUAUUAAAAAAAAAUACGAAUAAACAAUUUGAUAUAGAAAUCAUCCAUUUUGGGCAAAGAAAAGAAACAAUCAGAAAAAGGAAUAACCACAGAUGCUCUGAAUUUCAUUGCUUCCUAAUGGUACUUCCUUGGAUAUUUUUACAUUCUGGAGGCGUGAACGAACUCUGAAAAACAGAAACGACUUCUAUCGGAUGAUCGAAAGAACUACCUGGACACUGAGUAUAAUUAUUCACACGUGCGGAUGCCAUUUCCGGCAUGUUUCUCCAUGAAGAAGGUCAGCUUCAGUUUUUGCCACUUGUAGAUAGAAGUUGAAGUGGCGGACGUCUUAACGAGGUUGCUAGAAUGUCAAAGAAAUAGAUGAGGGAAAUAUUAUGAAGAUAUAUUUAUGAAUAUCUAAUUGAGCAUUUAAUUAAGAACUUAAUUGAAAGACCAAAAUAAGUUGGUUCUUGAGACCAAGUACCUAUCUAAGUAUAAUAGUCUUUUGUACUUACGGUUUAGUAAGAGGACUCGAGUAAAACGAUUACUCGUUAAAAGGAGCAAUAGAAUAAUCAUGCCUCCGCAGACGGUGGUCUCUGCUUUCAUGCCUCAUCGCGGAGAAUCUCAGCGAAAAAAGUGUCCCGAAGCGUGAGCUGAAAGGUGGCUAUGUAGGCUGCCUAGUGAAUGCCGUCGCCAUGGUGGAGCUGGCGUGUAGCAACUCCCUAAGUCCAGGAACCUAAUCCUGCGUCAGAAAGACAAAAUUCGCUACGGAGAAAAGUAAACAAAAAUACAUAUAUAGGGAAGAAGAGACAAAGAUUAAAGAUCGUUAAGAAUUAAAGGUAAUUUAAUGAUAAAAGGGAGAAAGAAUUGUGUAAAAAUUCUACUGGGAAAGAAAAGAAAGAAGAAGCCUCCAACGAGAAAGACGUGCUCAGAAGCGAGUCCCGCGUAGCGCCAUGUAGAGGAGCAGGAAGAAGCGCAGUCUUCCUCAGGCAUUCCAGCGUCGAGUAAUGCUGAAGCAUAUGCUGACGGGGCAACCAUCGUCAGCGGGCUCCAGGCACCAGCACAAUUACUACCAGGCGAGUUCGGGCUCGUUGCACGGCGGCCACCACCACCACCAUCAUUCUGGUCACCAACAGGAUCAACAGCAACACCAUCAUUACAACCAAAACAGCAACGUUCGUGGAACGACAGGGGGCAGCCAAGGACGGGGAGUCGACGUUUACGACUCGGUGGUCCAUCAAAGAGCCAACGUGCAUCAGGCUGCCACCACGCCAUCUUCCACUCACAGACACCCUUUGAAUCAUUCUCAGUUGAGCGUGAACAAUCUUUCUCAACGAUUGAAUCACUCGCACGCUCUUAAUCUGUCCACGUUGUCCACGUCGAAGCAUUCUGUGAACAGCGUCAGUCCUGUUGCCAGUGGGAAUAACAAUAACAAUAAUAAUAAUCUGUCGACUACAUUGGGGGUGAUAUCCCCGCCGCCGCUGCACCAGGACAGCAGACCCAAAGCGAAUGGAGGCUUUGAUAUCUCGAGACUGUCCAGAUUACCCAGUCAGGCGACACCUUCGCCUGCACCUGCUCUUCAGGGUACGACUACCGGGGGACAGUUAACCGGUCCCGGUUCCACGGCGUACCCCUUGAACGCUUCCUGGUCGUCGUCCCUGUCAAGGAAUCACAAGGACCACGAGGUUGGCGCGAAAGAGACGUUGACCAGUUUGGGUUUAUUGUGUCUAGUGUCGUUGUUACUGGCGCUACUCUCGUUGAUCUUCUUGCUGAAGAUCUCACCGUUAACGGUGACGCCGAGUAGCCUGAUCAGCCCGGAAGAGUAUACGAUUGUCUACGAGGUGACGUUAGAGCUGUGCGCACUCGCCCUCUUCCUAAACCUCUGCUGUCUCCUCAUGUGCACUAUACAGUUCCUCUUCACUGUGAAACUCAUCAAGACUUCGUAUCAAGGACAUUGGUGAGUAGAGUUUUCGUUUUAUGCCACGCUGGGUAAAUCUGUGAUUUAUAACGCUUUAAAUACCUUUGUACAUAAUCCGUACUUUACUCAACCCGAAGGUCGAACAAGGUGUGAAAAAUA